CACAGAUCUGCAGUCACUGGCACAGAUAUAGCUGCAGUCGCAACAUAACAUCAGGCAUCAAAAAUAAAACCCGGACAUAUAGCAGUGAUCCCAAAACUAACAAAAAAAGUUGUAGAACCCCUCCCCCUUGGCGAAAAGCAAAGAGAAAGGAAAUGCUUCUGUACGGUGAGAGAGAGAUCUGCUGGGAAAACUCAGAGGCGACAUGGGAUCUGUUUCAUCUGUGAACGCCGAGAAACAUCACGGCGAAAUAUUCGCCCGGAUCCAGACUCACUCUAGAUCAUGAAGGGGCUUGUGGUGCGUUGUGCGAAUCACUUAACUAUCCGGUGUGCAGUCGAUGUGAAAGUAAAGAAAACUCCAAUAUCUCGCCCUCCCCCGGAGAACCAACUCUGAAAGUUUUGACUGCGAAACACCUUUCAGGAAACAUGGUCCUGAGCUCUGCAUUUAUCACAGGAUAUUCUCUGAUAUAUGGAUAAUUUAUUGAACUCUCAUUAACUUGUUGGAUUGACGAAUUCCGUGGAUAAUCUAAGCACUUUUUUUCGCUCACGAACCGAUAUAACCAUGAAUGGAAGACCAUGCAAUAUUAACCACCGGGGAACGGGUACGCCCCAGGGGCCAGCCUUAAUCAAUGGACAACAGAUCCCGCCCAUCAGGAUUCAGACAGAAACACCAUGCCCGUCUUCAAACAGUGCAACACCGAGUCCCGCGGCCGCAAUGCUCGCAAACAACAUGCACAGGAUGCUGUCAAUGAAUGGUUGCCAGCACCCUACCGAUACACCUCAAAACACCAGCAUGCCCGAAAAUGCCAUCCAUUUACCCGCUCUAAGUCCGAGAAGGCAAGUGGUAUCAAAACACACCUUUCAAGUACCCCAACUACCGGGUCAUUCUGCAGCCCUUUCCUCACAACCAAAAUCCAUGGAAUUUGGAGGCAUCUUUUCGAACAGCUGUGCAAAAGGGAAUCCUGGGUUUGGACCACAAUGCAGAGCAAUUGGAAAAGGCACCAGCAACAACCUAGUGGUUACAAGCAGUCCCAUGACAGUGCAGAGAACAGGGCUUCUAUCAAGCCAAGCAAUCGUUCCUGGCAACCACCUUAAUCGGGCAAUAUGUCGUCAGAUGUACCCAAGCCUAAACAUUCCUGCUACAGAUACAAGAUCGAUUAUUUCAGGUGGAUCUUUAGGCUCCACUGCACUAAGUCUUAUAGAAAACCAAUCAACUUUGAAUGUAAAACAAGAAUGGCUACAUGGUUACCCAAUCCUUCCAUCGCUUCCAUCAAACCAAGGUUCCCAGAAUGGCAGCGAACUAGGGGAUGUGCUGAGUAUACCACCAGGAACCGCCAUGUCAAGUAACAGCACAGCAAACUCCUUACCUUCUUAUCUAUUUGGAAAUGAAAAUAGCUCGCGUAAUUCUGCCCAAUCUAAUUCUGCUCGAUCAAGAAAAAGAGGACUUUCCACCUCGCCCUUUUCAGAUGGAGUUGGAAUUGAUCUCAUUAUUCGUACAUCUCCGACAUCAUUAGUAGCAUACAUCAAUGGGUCCAGAGGCUCCCCGGCCAACGUUUCUCCUCAGCCUGAAGUGUGUGGGCAUUUUCUGGGAGUGAGGGGUAGCUGCAUCCCUCAAGCCUACAAUGCAACUGGUAAAGACCGAAAUCUCUUUACUCUUACUGAUCUUGAAGCCAGCAAUAGUGUGUACCAGAGAAUGCAGCAGUUGGAGCACUCUUCCUUUCACCCCAUGUUGAUGAACAACAUGGUUGUCCAACAGGGUAUUUCAGUGAUUGGUAAUCAGCAGUACGAUACAUUUAAAAAUGAGCAACUGGAUGAAUUUCCCUCGGGUAUGGGAAUACCGGCACUGCCCCAGGGCCCCCCGCCACCGUAUCAUGCUCACCAGCAUCUCAUGACCCACUCCCAUUCACAUGGGCAGCCAUCACCACAAGGGGCACAGCUGGAUGAGGAUGGUGAGCCAUCAAGAAUCAAUGGAAAGCACUGUUGCCGAUGGAUUGACUGCAGUGCAAUGUAUGACGAGCAGGAGGAGCUUGUCCGACACAUAGAAAAGGCACAUAUUGACCAGCGUAAAGGAGAAGACUUUACUUGCUUCUGGGCUGGUUGCCCACGCAGAUACAAGCCAUUUAAUGCUCGCUAUAAACUGUUAAUCCAUAUGAGGGUGCAUUCAGGAGAAAAGCCGAACAAGUGUACGUUUGAAGGCUGUAAUAAGGCAUUUUCAAGACUUGAAAAUCUCAAGAUUCACCUACGAAGUCAUACAGGGGAAAAGCCUUACCUGUGUCAACAUCCAGGCUGCCAGAAAGCCUUUAGCAACUCAAGUGACCGUGCCAAGCAUCAGAGAACACAUCUAGACACAAAACCAUAUGCAUGUCAGAUCCCUGGCUGUACUAAACGGUAUACUGACCCAAGCUCCCUCAGAAAGCACGUGAAGGCACAUUCUACAAAAGAGCAGCAGGCGAGAAAGAAGUUACGAUCCAGUAACGAGCCGGAUCAGGAUAUGCUCAAUGACUGCCUCACUAUUCAACCACUGCAGCCUGCUACAUCACCACAAGAUGCUGUGGACAACACCCUGGGUCGAUCACCAGGGCCCCCUCAUGACAUGUAUUCAGGCAUGUUUUCCAGCACACAUUCUAGCCGGUGUGGAACAGCAGCAGCCAUCAUUCCUUCUUCUCAUCCUCCAAACCAUACGUCUCCUGUACACAAUAUGCAAGGAAGCCCCCACAACCCGCAGACACAGCUAUCCUCACUCCCAGUGGUAGAAGAGAGCAAUGAGAGGUUUGCAGCCUCAGCUCCUUCUCCUCAUCACAUCAGUCCCAGGAGAGUUGCAGCACCUCCACCCUUGAUGCACAGAAGAACGCCACAGCCACCACAAAUACAGCAAUAUUCAGGAUCCCACCUCAAACCUUACCCGCCAGCACAACCCAGCAGCAUCCAUGUCCAAGGUUAUUAUGGCCAGUUGCAGACUUUCUACCCACCCCAAUAUAGCGAAACCUCUAGAAAUAUGCGCCAAGUCAGUCCUCACAACAUGGUGCCUCCAUUUGAAGACUGUCUCUUUCCUACAACUGGGGGGCAAGCUGGAUUUGAUGCCUUCCACAGAGCCUUGUCUGCGCAUCCUAGUUUUCCAGUUUAUGACUUUCAAGCAACUUCCCCUGGGAUUUUCAGUGACUCGGUACGGAAUUGUCCUGAAGACAGUGGUUUCCUCCAAAUUAAUGCAAUUGAUCGUUGCCCUAGUCAGCUGUCUUCCAUUUACACAGAGGGAUGAAAACAAGGGCAAAGAAGGACUACAAGGAGACAAUUCCUCUUUUUUUUCUUUCAUCUUAAACAAAUUCUUAAACUCUUUGAUACUCAAUGAGGGUAUUCUGGUGAAUUCAGACUCUACAGUCUACACCCCUUAUCUCUCACAGAGAGAAAGCACACUAUUCGCGUAAAUCAGCAGCUGAGUGGAAGAAGGUGAAACGCAUUUGCAAUGGAAGUACUUCAUAGAAGUGAAGUAGCCAAGGAAUCAAACCAUGGCUAAUUCACCUAUUGCCAAAUUACAAACUACCUGAGAAAGAACAGAGAAUUCACAAUUUAUAUGAAAGGUUGUAUGUUUUAUAUGGCGUGUUCUUGCUUUUUAAUUAAUCUGCUUUGUUACUUUCCUCAAACAUAAAAUACAGAAAAAAGUUGUGCUUUCACCAAUAUGGCGAACAGAUAUUGUGCUGUAGUGCUUCCACACUAAGGACAUUGCACAUGGCAGUGUCAAAUGAACAUCUCAGUCACCCAUUUGUUUUAACUUUGGGACUUGGUACAUGGGUGAAAGUUCCAACUAAAAGUGAUGCAAACAAAAUCUUAAUUUUGCAACAAAACAUUGCAGUGUUAUAUUGAAUCAUGUAAGAUUGCUUGUGAAGAGAAGCUUCCAGAACAGAUUUAUUUUGUGGUUUUGACAGGUUAUUUGAAUUUUGUUUUACCCUAUCUCCUAUUUACAUACAUAUUUCACACGUGCCAUAGUUUUAUAACUCAUGCAUGAUGUGUCCCAUAUUUACAUUUUUUUAAUAUUAUGAUGUUUUAUUCAAAAUGAAGGAGAAAUAGAUUGUGAAAGAAUGAUAAACCCUUUCAUAAAGUGAAUCUUGAUCAUUUCCUUGUAGAUUUUAAGUUAGAGAGAAUGUUACGUUUCACAACCUAAACUCAUUGAGAAGCCCAACAAAUUGAAUUUGAAAUCCAUAGUUUGCUGAAGCCAACACCUAGAAUUAAAAUAUUGAGCACUUUUUGGCAUUU